AUGCAGACGCCCCCCCAGCACUCUCAUCUGCUCGGCACACCAAUUACGCUGCCGACUAUCGGUCACGCCACCAUCAAAUACGUCGGCCCUGUAGCUGCCAAGAAUGGUCUCUUUGUGGGUUUAGACUUGUUGGGCCCAGCUGCUCGUAACGGCCGUAACGAUGGCUCGUAUAACGGUACUCGAUACUUCACAACCGCCCAACCUUCUUCGGGUCUAUUUCUCCAGUAUGCAAGAGUAGCGCCUCACUUGCCGCCGAGAGAGAAUGUAUUGUCUAGAGACAAUGCAAUAGACCCCACAGUUGUAAUAGACGCCACCCUUCUAAAAGAAUCCACCCUUCUAAAAGACCCCACACCUUCAAACCACACAGUGCCGUUUACUCCUGUAGAAUCUGUGGCCACUCUUCAAGCCACCAUUACUAAACAACAACAACAGAUUGCCAAAUAUAAAUCUUUAUUGGAUGAUCAACGUAUUGUCCUUGAAGAUCUGAAACCUAUUAUAGAUAACUAUGAAACCACUGUACAAUCAUUAAACGAAUCGCUGGCUUCCAAAGAUCGAGAAAUUGCAAGCUUGAAUUCUAAAUUAUCUCAUUUUGAAACUGAACAUGAACAAUUACUUGCUGUGGUACAACAAUUGCAUCAACAGACCAAAUCUGACAAGAAUUCACAAUUCCAAAAAGAUCGAGAACAAUGGGAAAAGGAAAAACAAGAUUGGGCAAGAGAAAAAGAACAAUUACAAUUGCAAUUGCAGUCGCAGUCGCAGUCGCAAUCGCAGUCACAACCCCAAUCACAACCCCAAUCUCAACCCCAAUCUCAACCCCAAUCUCAACCCCAAUCUCAACCCCCAUUGCAUUUUGAAGAAGCUCCAGGAAGACGAUCAUGGUGCGGUAUCUGUGAAAAAGAAGGCCAUAGUUCGGCUGAUUGUCCCGUAGAAUUACCCUUGGGUAAUAACAUAGAAAUGUAUUAG